AUGGAAGAGAAACACAUCCAAAUAUUCCAGUCGGCGCCCCUAUUGAUAGGCUUAGCUGCUCUGACAACCGUUCUAGCGUGGUUUUUCCAUCUUAUCAAGCCGGCACUUCUGGCAACAUUCUCACGAAAGUAUAGCUCAUUUAAAUGGGUAGAAGAAAGAAGAGGGUUUUUUGGAUUCAUCAGACUUUCCUAUAAGUGUGUUUUUCAUGCGAAAGAGCUGUUCACAGUGGCAUAUGAAAAGCUGCGUAAUACUGCUAGUGAAGUGUUCCUCGUUCCUUUCCCUCAUUCAAGUACUGGUUUCCUACUGUUACUUCCCAAGGAACUCAUCGCCGAGUUUGCGCGGCAACCUGAAUCGAUCAUCUCAUUCCACACUUACGUCCGAAAUGCAAUGCAUGCACAGUACAGUCUCUUUGGAGAUAAUGUUCUCGACAAUAACAUCCAAAAGCCUAUUGUGUACCGCGAACUUUACCAGAAACUCCCUGAUAAGAUGCAAAUGAUGAAUGAAGAACUUGUCCUAGCCAUCAAGGAUGUUUUGGACGCUAAAUUGAAUGAAAAGGGGGAGAUUAGUAUUAACAUGUGGGAUACAGCUACGGCAAUAUUAUCGCGCGCUAGCAAUAGGAUUAUCGCUGGUGACCCCCUUUGUCGGAAUCAGGAGUAUUUGGAUGCUGCUGUGCAUUAUGCUAUUAGCAUGUUCUCACUCGCUGUAUAUUUGCGUUUUAUACCUCCAUUCCUACGGCCGUUACUUGCGCCUCUCGUACGGCGGCCUCUCUCUAGAGACCGAGAUAUUGUAGCCAAGCACGCAAUUCCGGUCAUUGAAGAGCGGAUGAAGAUGAUUGAGGAUGCUGAAAUCAAGGGUAAUAAACCUAAGGUUCCAAACGAUCUUUUAAGCGCAGCCCUAAAAGUUGCCCGAAAAGACCCAAACUCCAAGCUAGAGUAUACACCAAUGAUGAUGGUCAACCGACUCCUGGCAUUCAACUUCCUCCAGUCGUACUCCAAUACAUUGACCAUGACCAAUGCAGUCUACGACCUCAUUUCGCUCCCUCCGGAAGAAUUCGAGCGUACCGUCACAGACAUACGUGAAGAGCUCACUAGGGAACUGAAGAGACCGGAUGCCUGGAGCCAUGACUUUGUCAAUAGGCUCGUGGUGAUGGACUCGUUUAUACGCGAGAGUCUACGAGCCAAUCCAAUCGGCGAGGUUGGCCUAGAACGUAUCGUAACAAGGGAAAAUGGCUUUACUUUCUCUAAUGGACUGCACGUACCGCGCGGCGCCAUCAUAGCAGCACCCCUUAAAGCAAUACAACAAGAUUCCGCCAAUUAUCCAGGCGGCUUUAACCCUAGACGCGCAUUAGAAGACCCGACUCAUCCUACUGUCACCACUAUAUCGCCGGUAUUUCUCAACUUUGGGUUGGGAAGACCCGCCUGUCCUGGUAGGUGGUUUGCGGUGAAUAUGCAGAAACUAGCGCUGGGGCAUUUGUUGUUGGAGUAUGAUUUUCAGAGGGUUGAGGUGCGACCUCUGGGGGUUCGGAAGGUGACUCUUGUAGAGCCAUGUGAACGGUCGAAAAUCGUUCUGAGACGUCGGAGUGUUGGUUGAUUCAUAUAUUAUAGAUA